AUGCUCCAAAGGCUCAAGCAGAUGUCCUCACUCAACGCUACGGAGAUCCUCCAAAGGCUCAAGCGGAUGCCCUCUCCCAACCCUAUUAAGAUCCUCCAAAGGUUCAAGCAGAUGUCCUCUCCCAACCCUACCGAGACCGGCGGGCGCUGGCGGGCGGCACGUGACCGCGGCGGCGGGCUGAGGGGAGCGGCGGCUCGGCCAGCGCCAGAGGGAUGCGGAGCGGGCGGCGGGCGGCUGGGCGGCGGCGGCAGGGGCGGCCCGGCCCGGCAGCAGCAGCAGCAGCGCCCUGACCGGCUCCCCCCGCGGCCCCUGGAUGGCCCCGGCCGCCCGGCUCGCCCCCUCCCGGCCCCCCGCCGCCCCCGCCGGCCGCCCCGGCCCGCCCCGGCCCGCCGCCCGCUGAGCCGCCCCCCGGGAUGCUCAGCAGCCCCCGCCGCCGGCCCCACACCCGUCCGAGCCGCUGCGGGGAGCCAAGGCAUGGGGGGCUCGGCCGGAGCCGGCCCGGCCCGCCAGGGCGCCUGGACUCUGGGCGGCUGCCUCUGCUGGCUGCUCUUGCCCGUGCUGGUACUCAUCCUGGCGCGGCCGGUGAAACUCGCCGCCUUCCCUACCUCCUUGAGCGACUGCCAAACGCCCACCGGCUGGAAUUGCUCCGGUUAUGAUGACAGAGAAAACGACCUCUUUCUCUGUGACACCAAUACCUGUAAAUUUGACGGGGAGUGCUUAAGGAUUGGAGACACGGUGACUUGCGUCUGUCAGUUCAAGUGUAACAGUGACUACGUGCCUGUGUGUGGCUCCAACGGCGAUACCUAUCAGAACGAAUGCUACUUGAGACAGGCGGCUUGCAAGCAACAAAGCGAAAUCCUUGUGGUGUCGGAAGGAUCGUGUGCCACUGAUGCUGGCUCUGGCUCUGGGGAUGGAGGUAGUGAGGGGUCUGGAGAAACCAUUCAGAAGGAAACUUCCACCUGCGACAUUUGCCAGUUUGGAGCAGAAUGCGAUGAAGAUGCAGAGGAUGUCUGGUGUGUAUGCAACAUUGACUGUUCCCAAACCAACUUCAAUCCUCUCUGUGCUUCCGACGGGAAAUCGUACGACAACGCGUGUCAGAUCAAAGAAGCAUCGUGCCAGAAACAGGAGAAGAUUGAAGUCAUGUCUUUGGGUCGAUGCCAAGACAAUGCAACCACGACUACGAAGACAGAAGACGGACAUUACGCCAGGACAGAUUAUGCAGAGAAUGCAAACAAAUUGGAAGAGAGCGCCCGGGGAAUCUACACUCCUUGUCCGGAACAUUUCAGCGGCUUCUGUAUGCACGGGAAAUGCGAACACUCUGCUAAUAUGCUGGAACCGUCUUGCAGGUGUGAUGCAGGCUACACUGGACAACACUGUGAAAAGAAGGACUACAGCGUAUUAUACGUGGUUCCUGGCCCAGUACGAUUUCAAUACGUCUUAAUAGCAGCCGUGAUUGGAACUAUCCAGAUUGCGAUCAUCUGCGUCGUAGUACUCUGUAUUACAAGGAAAUGUCCCAGGAGCAACAGAAUCCACCGGCAGAAGCAAAACACAGGUCACUACAGUUCAGACAACACAACCAGAGCAUCAACCCGAUUAAUUUAAAAGAGCGCAUGUUUCCACAAUGGCAAAAAGAAAACCGCAGAGAGCUUGGACUCACACACACAAAAAGGAAAGGAGAGGAAGCGCAAAAUACAGUAUUAUAGACAAAAAGACCUACACAUGUUGCCUUGCAUUUGUGGUAAUCGACACCAAUGAAAAAGAAAAACAUGUACUACAGCUAUAUUUGAUUAUGUAUGGAUAUAUUUGAAAUAGUAUACAUUGUCUUGAUGUUUUUUCUGUAAUGUAAAUAAACUAUUUAUAUCACACAAUAUAGUUUUUUUUCUUUUUCAUGUAUUUGUUAUAUAUAAUAAAUACUCAGUGAUGAGAACAAAAAACUUUU